AUGGGUAGUCCUAUACUAAAGGCAGCGGGUAAGAAGUGGCCACAAGUGGCGUCGUGUUUUCUUACUGUUAUGGACGUGCAGAGUGUUCCAGAUGCUGUAGAAAAGCAGGCGGAAAUCAUGAAACUACUAGCACACCACGGCGGAGUGGGGAUUGGUCUAAGUUCUCUCGGGGGUGAAGGUGUGACUUUUCGGAAAUCCCUAAAGGCCUUAAAUGAAAUCAAACAGUUUACGACUGUACCCGGGAAACGCUCAAGCGCGCUGUGUGGUUCUGUCAUGGAUUUCGAUGCAAAUGUGAUUGAACUCUUGGAAAGUAGAGACGCAGCGCCCGGGCCGCUCCGGGUUUAUGGUGUUGAAAACCAAGUAUGCGUCCACGAUCUCUGUAUGAAACGCGCACAGGAAGGAAAAUCUUGGACCCUUUUCGAUACAACGUGCCCACGUGUCCGGGGUCUUGCUCGUUUGCAUGGGGAGCAAUUCGUAAAAAAAUAUGAACAACUGGAGCAGGAUGCUACCAGGGGCCUACUUGCGGCGCGGAGGUUCGAGAUGCCGGCGGUGGAGUUGCUAAAGCUGUUAGGCCGUAAAGCAAUUGAAAACGGAAGCACGUCGGUAAUUUUCAUAGACCAGGCCAAUCGGAUGAGCAAUCAAAAGCACCGGGGAACAAUACAGACAAGCAACCUAUGCGCAGAGAUAUUACAGUACUCAGAUGGUCAGGAAGUGGCGACCUGCAUGCUGGGAAUUGUUAACGUGUCCAAGUUCGCCACCAGUGCAGAAGCAUACAGCAGAGGCGGGCCGGGCUGUUGGGCGCAGGAAGUAGAUAAGUGGACCACUGAAAAGGGUUUUAAAUGGGAAGAAUUCGGAUCAGCGGCGCGCCUGUUGUUAGGGGCCUUGGACAACAUCAUUGACCAAGGAUGGUUCCCGGUUCAGGGGGCCGAAGAUUCUUGCAAAAAUCAUAGGGCGGUCGGGAUCGGACUAACAGGGUUCCAGGAGCUACUGCACCUGCAGCGAGUCCCUUACGAGUGUGGCCGGGUUCUCCAUGAGUGCCUCUAUGCCCACCUGUAUGCCACUACGGUCGACGAGUCUGCCACCCUUGCCGAACAAAAGGGGCCAUAUAGGAGCUUUCAAGGCUCGCCGACGUCUCGUGGUAUUUUUCACUCUGAUCAUUAUCCAAGCGCGCGUGACCCGUUUCAGGUUGCAGGGCUUCCUGACGCUCGACAGCGAGCGCGCAAAGCAAUGCGGAACUCACUCGUAACGGCGCAAAUGCCAACACACACGCAGUCCAUCCUCCUUGGCGUCGCAGAUAUGUGCGAGCCGACUCCUGGCGCAAUAUUCAAGAAGAAAACAGCAGCCGGCGAAGCAGUUUUAUUCUCCCAUGUCGUUAAAGAAUUGGAAAAGCGUGGCGAAUGGACUUGGGAAAUUCGACGAGAAUUGACACGGGCUGGGGGCUCAGUGCAGUCGUUGAAACUUUUAACAAAUUACGAAAAACAAUGCUACAGGACAGUGUACGAAAUCGGGGUGGGGGAAUUGUUGAAGUUCGCAGCGGAUCGAGCUCCGUAUCUUGACCAGUCCCAGUCAAUCAAUUUCCACCUGGCU